AUGAUGUCGCCAUUCGGAAGCGCCGUCGCUUCGUCCUCUCGUACUCUUCUUCGCAGCAGCACACGUCGUAUCGCACCUUCGGCCGUCCGCUCUCUGUCCAGCACUGCUCUAUGUCGCAAUGCAGCGCCAGCGGUAGACGCCAAGAUCUCGGGCAUCGUCGACCAGAUCGAGAAGCUCACCCUGCUAGAAGCCGCCGACCUCGUCUCGCAUCUCAAGACCCGACUCAACAUCACCGAGAUUGCCAUGCCUGCUGCGUCGGCUGCGCCCGCCGCCGCACCCGCAGCUGAAGCAGACGCAGGCGCCGAAGAGGCCGCCAAGCCCAAGGAGAAGACCGUCUUCACGCUCAAGUUGACCGGUCUCAAAGAGCCUACCGCCAAGGCCAAAGUCAUUCGCGAAGUCAAGGCUGCUAACUCGAAUAUGAACCUCGUCGAGGCCAAGAAAUUCGUCGAGUCGACACCUCAGAUCUUGAAGGAGGGACUGAACAAGGAGGACGCCGAGAAGAUGAAAGCUGCUAUCGAGGCCGCUGGUGGUACUGUCGAGCUCGAGUAG